CUCAUCCAGACAGUGAGUGCCAUCGACAGGGAUGACCCACAAGAGGGUCAGCACUUCUACUACAGCCUGGCUCCGGAGGCAGCCAACAACCCCAACUUUACUCUAAGGGACAAUCAAGACAAUACGGCAUGGAUUUUGACAAGGCGCUCUGGCUUCAGACAACAUGAGCAGAAUACCUUUUACCUCCCAAUCCUGAUCAGCGACAACGGCCGCCCCGUGCUGAGCAGCACAGGCACGCUGACUGUGCAUGUGUGCAGCUGCGAUGAUGAUGGCAUGGUGAUGUCCUGCAACGCAGAGGCCUAUGUCCUCCCUGUCAGCCUGAGCAGAGGGGCACUCAUUGCAAUCCUCGCCUGCAUCUUUGUCCUGCUAGUGCUGGUGCUCCUCAUCCUCUCCAUGCGGCGCCAGCGGAAGCAGCCAUACAUCAUCGAUGAGGAGGAGAACAUCCAUGAGAACAUCGUCAGGUACGAUGACGAGGGCGGCGGGGAGGAGGACACGGAGGCCUUCGAUAUUGCCGCCAUGUGGAACCCGCGGGAGGCCCAGCUGGUGGUGAAAAACCGGCAGGACAUGCUCCCUGAAAUAGAGAGUCUCUCCCGAUACGUGCCUCAGGCGUGCGUCAUGGACAACAAUGUCCACAACUACGUGCUCGCCAAGCUGUACGAAGCUGACAUGGACCUGUGGGCACCUCCCUUCGACUCCCUCCAGACGUACAUGUUUGAAGGGAACGGCUCGGUGGCGGAGUCGCUCAGCUCCCUACAGUCAGUGACAACAGACUCAGACCAGAGCUAUGACUACCUGACGGACUGGGGGCCACGCUUCAAAAAGCUGGCCGAGAUGUAUGGUGCCACAGACAGCAGCGGGGCUCUGUGGUAACAGAUGAGGAACAGCAGAGGGGUUUCCAUGCGAAACGGUGUCCGGUUAGGUCCAUUCUCAUCAGAUGCUUCCAUGGACAUGGGUGAGGCCUCCUGAAAAAAAAUAGCAAUACGGUGCUUGGAUGAGAAUGGGAAGAAGGGUGUGAAUGAAGGUCUCUCUGGAUCAGCUUUACUCAGUUAAAUUAAGUCAUGUUUUUGAAACAGUGAGAAGCAGAAGGAAGAAAGUUUUUUUUCCUGUUUUUUACAGCAAAAUUGGAAAGCUCCACGUCUGGAAUAUAACAACAUUACUGUCUUUCUCUCUCUCCCUUUGUCUUUCCCUUGUACACGGCAGCUUACUGAGCUCUAUACAUCUGGGUUCAAAGAUCCAACUAUAAACUCCAAACUCCAACUGUAAUCUCCGACUCACUGAGAAAUUGCCAGCACAGAAAAGUUGUGCCCCACUGGUUAUUUUUCCCCCAUUAAAAAGGAAACAAAAAUUGCUUGCUAACAAGAGGAAAAAAAUCCCACAAAACAGAAAAUUGAAACUGGAAUCUCAGAGGACUCUUUGUAAAUUAAAUCUCCUCUCUCUGUUGCUAACAGAGUCCUUUUUUAAUCCCUUAGAAACAUGGCUGAGGAUUUUUUUUUUUCCACCUGGCUGAGAGGGCUGGGGAAGAGGCUUUGAAUUUCUGCUCUAGUUUAAUGGCUGAUCUAUGAGUCAUUGGUGUUAACACUAAUCCAUCUCCUAUCAAGUUUGUGUAAAUUUAUUCUCAGCUCUUUAAAACCAUGACUGCGCUAAACUGCUCAGAACAAAACCAGAAAAUCUGCCUCUUUUGCACUGUAGAUGUCUCUUCCAUGUGCCAAAUGUGAAGAUUAGAUUCUACCAAUGAAAGCCAAAUAAAUUUUAAAAAAAGAAAAAGCUAUAUUUGGUAACUACAUGGGUUAGACGGGCUUUCCUAAUCUGUGUGAGGUCAAUCCAAGGGAUGUUUACAUACUGUAGAUAACCUACUUGAACAAAUGCAGUAUUAUAGACCAAUAAAUGGAUGUAAGAAAAUUACAUGUAUAAGUUUUGUAUAUUUGUUAAUUUUGGUAAUAAAUAUGAUGUACUGC